UUGUCCUUUUCUUGACUCAAAGAACCAAUCUUUGAGGAGAGAGCUCCAAGAAACAAGCAUAAUCUUGGCUUUAGCUACAUAGUCUUUUAAUCCCUUUUUAGCACUUGAACUUUGGUUUUUUUUCAUGCCCAUUCCUUGAUGGCUGUUAAUCUUUUAAUGUUAGUGACCCUGAAAGAGUUUAAGAGAUGUACAUCCCAAUUUUGUGUCCUUUGUUGAAACUUGUCAUAUUUCAUUAGAGAUUCUUGACCUUUUUGAGGACUUGAGGUUUAUCUAUGGGGGUAUUUUCUGGUCAUUAGUCUGUGUUCUGAAUUCUGUUGAGGACUUGGGGUUUAUCUAAGGGGUGGGGAGCAGCCUUUUGUCCUUCUUGAUUACCUAAAAAAUUAGAGCUUGAGGUUGGUUUCAAGAUUCAGUCAGGAAGGAUCAUCCAAAGUUUAGGCCUUUUACUUUAAAUCAAUCUGUUUUACCUGUUGCCUGAAAAUGGAGGACGAUAAAUCGGCGGAUCAACAUGUAAUUGCUGCAGCUCAUCACCUUGUGAAGGCGUUAAAAGACAGGACAAGCUUGAGCGAUGAAGUUAGAAGAACUCUAGCUGAUCUUGACAUUCAUUUGGCUGCAAUGACUGAAGCAAAAGAGGAUGAGACCACAAGUUUCAGAGAGAUUGAAGGUCGGUUUAAGUCAGCUCAGGCAAAGAUCAUGUCCUUGAAGUCAAAUUGUUUGAAGAUAUGGGAUACUGGUCCUUCUAAUCAACUUCUUGAGUAUCUGCAAAAUGUAGAAGAAGUUCGGAGUAUAAUAGUGAGCUUGGAAAGUAUGGUGCCAAACAAGUACAGGAAACAAAGCAGACUUACUAACCAAGCUCACAGUGCGUUGCAAAUUGCAAUGGUAAGGCUGCAGGAAGAAGUUAUCAAUAUUCUUGCGCAGAGUAAGCAGUGUUUUGGGCAUGCAUAUGUGUCGUUCCAAUCUAGUGAAGAGAUAGCUGUUGAUGAGGAGACGAUGGUCUCAAUUGAGGAUGACUCAGUUGAGGGAACAUCUUGUCUGGAUAGUAGUAGAGCUGAAUCAGAAGAAUGUAUAAUAAUGGAUUUGGUCCAUCCAGGUGUUGUUCCUUAUAUCAAGUCCAUUGCAGAUCUGAUGUUUGCUUCACAUUACGUCCAGGAAUUUUGCCAAGUUUUUAUCAGAUUCUGGAAAGAUGCAUUGUAUGAAUACUUGGGGCUUUUCUGUAUGCAACAAAUCAGCAUUGAAGAUGUGCUGAGAAUGGACUGGGCAAGCUUGAAUUGCAGAAUUAAGAAGUGGCGUCAGGCAACGAAGAAUGUCAUUGCAUUCUAUCUCCCUAGUGAGAAAAACCUCUUUGAUCAGAUUCUUUGUGAGUUUGGAUCUGUUAGUUCAACAUGUUUCAUUGAGGUUUCAAAGGAUGCCAUGAUGUGUCUUUUGAAUUUUGGCCAAGCUGUAGCUAUUGGCCCUCUUCUACCAGAACGUCUUUUUUGUUUACUCGACAUGUAUGAGCUUCUAAGAGGUCUUUGUCAAGAUGUGGAUGCAUUGUUUUGUGAAAAACAUGGUAAUUCCAUUCAAGUGGAGUACCAUGAACUCAUGAAAAAUCUUGGAGAUUCUGCAAAAGCAAUCUUUCUGGGGUUGGGGAAUCGAAUUGCUUCAAACACUUCAACAACUCCCUUCCAAGGAGGAGGUGUUCAUCCUCUGACCAAGUAUGUUAUCAAUUAUUUCAUGCUUCUGUCAGAAUAUUAUGUUACCCUGAGAUUCCUUUUAGAGGACAAAGAGGUAGAGAAUUCGGGUGAAGUUGUCGAUGCACUGGUCAGGCUCGACAUUUCAUCCGAAUACCCAUGUCCACUGGCUCUUCACUUGCAGUCAAUAACAUCCAGGCUCGAAUCCAACCUUGAAGAUAGGUCCAAUUUAUAUAAAGAUGAUUCUUUGAAGCACAUCUUUUUGAUGAACAACAUCCAUUACAUAGUCCAGAAAAUCAAGAAUUCCAAACUCAGAACCUAUUUUGGUGAUGAGUGGAUAAAAAUACAUAUUGUAAAAUAUAUGCAGCAUGAAAAAAGCUAUGAGAGAAAAACAUGGAAUUCAAUCAUAUCUUUGAUAACCGGUUAUGAGAAGUCAGGGAAGGCAGUUCUGAAGGAGAGGUGCAGAAAUUUCAGUAUUGCUUUUGAGGAUGUGUAUAAGAACCAGACAGGAUGGACUAUUCCAGAUAUUGAUCUUCGAGCUGAUUUGAAUGUUGCAAUCGAGUUAAGGGUCGUUCAUGCCUACCGUACAUUUGCUGGACAGGUGAAAAAAUCUCUCAGUGAAAAGCACAUCAAAUACACAGAAGAGGACUUGGAGGAGUAUCUCCAGGACUUUUUUCAAGGUUCAGCGAAGUCUCUUAAUCAUCAUUGGAGGAGGUGAAAGUUGAAUAACAGUAGUAGUAUAUGUUCUUUUUUUCCUGCAUUGAGCGUUUCAAUUGUCUUAUCUUUUGUAAUUUAUCAACAUUAGUGUUGUAGUCCCCCCACCCCCACCCUAACACACACACACACACAAAAAAUGUAUAGUUGUCCAUAGUUUUCGAGUUCAAUCUACUAUUGUAACUUUAUGGUAUAUGCAUUCCUUUUCAUCUGUGUUCCACUCUCAUUCUUGAUUAACACUCUCUUGCUGAUCAUUUGCAACAUGAGUGUUCCAAAUCACUUGUCAUAGCUAUGUCGUUCAGAUUCCUAAAAAAUGUUUCCCCAACGGUGUCAGAAUCCUCCAAGAAGGCAC